AUGGCAGCUUACUUGAGUCGGUUACACCACAUUUCGCUCCACGUUUCUAACGUGGAGAAAAUAACCAACGACCUCGUCUCUAAGUUCAAAUUUAAUUUGUUUGCUACCAGACUAACCGAAAGGUCCAGACAGCUGGCUUUCAGAAAAGGAGCGGCAGUUUUCGUCGUGAAUGAGAGACCAAACCAGAGCAGUGUGAGAAUGAAUGGAGAGCUGCUGGGCUUCACAGACACACAUUCACCUGAUACACACCGGGUCAAGUCGGGGAAAUGCAACCAGGAGAAUUCCACGAAAUGUCUGUUCGAUGUCAGCCCACAUUAUUCGGUGGAUACUGUAAGCAACGUGUGUUUCGAGGUGGAGGAUGUGGAAAGGUCAUUCAAGGCUCUUCGCCAUCUGGGCUGCAAUUUCCUGGUGCCUCCCACCACAGUUCAGGACGAGGGCGGUCUUGUCACCUACUUGGUGGUUAAAUCCAUUGUGGGGAAUGUGUGCCACACACUAAUCGACAGGACCAAAUAUGAGGGAAACUUCUUGCCUGGGUUUGAUGUUGUUGAAAAGAACAGCAGCUCAGAAGAAGAGGACAGGUCUUGUCCAGUCACACAUUUUGACCACAUAACUUAUGCCUGUCCCAGGAAAACUACCCACCAGGUCAUGAGGUGGUAUGAGCAGCUUUUUGGUUUCCAGAGGUUUUUCAUUGAUAGUGAGGAAGAUUUGGACGAAGGUUUUGUCAUAAACCAGGAGGGCAUUGGACUGCGUCUUACCGCCAUGGAGUACUGGAAAUGCAGCAAAGCAGGCAUCAUUCUUCCCUCUGUGGACAAAAAAGAGCCCGAUUGCAAGUUUGUCAUUGCAGAAUCACUGCCUGAACAAGGCAGGAACCAGGUCGAUACCUUCCUGGAGGAGCACAGGGCCCCGGGGAUCCAGCACAUUGGGCUGUACACAAAAAACAUUGUUUCUACUGCACAUACAAUGGCCGAAGCUGGUGUACAGUUUUUCUCCCCUCCUCCUGCCUACUACACCAAGGUGGGAAAACAGCAGGAAAUAGAGGCUGCAGGACACAACCCCCAGAUGCUGGCGCAGCAUGGCAUUCUCCUGGACACAGACCUGCACCAGGAUCUCUCAUCAGAGAAAGCAUCCAGUGAAAACAGAAGAUACCUUCUCCAGGUGUUCACCAAGCCCAUCUUUGCAGAGGACACAUUCUUCCUUGAGCUGAUAGAGCGAAGAGGGGCGACGGGUUUUGGCGAGGGAAACAUCAGAGCGCUGUGGAGGUCUGUGCAGGCCUACAUGGAGAAUGAGAGGGAGGAUUCUCAAGGAGAGGGAUCCCCAAAAACUGUUCACACUGCUCACACUGCUCAGUAUUAGUCACUCCAGACAUUAUUAACUGAGGUUAUUUUAUUUAAUGUGUUUUAUAUAUAUAUAUCAAUGUGAGAGCACAUGUUAGGGAAAAAAGUAUGUGAGAUAUAAAAAAGAUGUAAAAUAACAGAUCAAAACUGCAUCGUGAACAAAGUGGUUCAAAAACAGAUGUUACAUACUAUACUUGAAACGUGACAAAAUAAAUACAC